GGUUGUCAAAUUUCAUGCACUGUGACCUGUCAAUUUUACAUUAUUGAUCGAACAGUAGCUGAUAUGUUUCGAGCAUUUCGAUUGGUUGUCAGACAUUCUUCAAAUAGUUUUGCUUUGUAACGAACGAUUUAAUUGGUUCAGCUGACAAGCACUGUACGAUACAUGUACAAUUUGUGAUUCACGUAUAUUCAGUAAAGUGAAUGUGAAGAAUAUGGGAAAUUUCAUUUAUUUGACAGAGCUUUUACUUCGAUUCGCUUGAUGAAUUUGAUAUACUUGACGCUUUUGAAACUUAUGAAGCAUUUAUCAGCCUGUGUUGUCGUUUAGGAACCAUUAAAUCGCGGCUUUUUAAAGCCGGUGCACACACAAACAGACAAAAUGGAUAUACUUCCAAGUGGGAAUAUUUUUCGAGAAUUGCAAGUUGUGCAUGAUACGGGUUAUUUUUCGGCACAGGCAUCGUUGGAAGACCGAUGGCAACAGAACUGCCUGGAGAUGGAGAGGUAUCUUAAGAACGAGCCAAAAUUGACGUCAUUCAAACGAUUAAAAGAUUCACCCAAGCUUGAGCCAAGGCAGGCGUGGAUUGAUUCUGCACCAUCAACGCCAAGUGUCUGCAGCGAUCAGGAAAAUGUUGAAAAUUUGUUUGCAGGAAUAAGAGAGUGUGAUGACGAUCUUGCAAUUCCCGAACCAUUAUCGGAAGAUGACGAUGAUGGUGAACUUACAGAGUCGGAGGAUCGAUUGGAGGAAUUAGCACAUUUGAAUCUCAAUGAUAGAACUGCAGACAAUCUCAGUUUAAAUAGCUUUAGCUCAUCAAGUAGUGGGGUCUCAUGGGACAGUAAUAUCAGUGAUCCACCAUUAUCGCCAAAUCAGCCCAAAUCAAAUGAUCCAUUUGCUUUAAGACUUGUGGCUGGUCCAGGCAGAACUCAUACUGUCGCAGUGCGUGUGCACAGUGCUGAUAUGUUACAUAAACAGCAGAGACUACUUGUGCCUGGUCAUAGUUCAAAUCGUGCGCGACCUUAUUCCACUCAAGGCCAAGGUCAUGCAGGUCAAGUGCAAGGACAAACUUUAACCCAGCGACCUCCGUUACCAACAACAACACCUGCAAGACAAGGAGAUUUAAGUCCCGAUUCUAAACGCAGAAAUCAUCAUUGUCUAUAUGCUAACUGCAAGAAAGUUUACACAAAGAGUUCGCAUCUAAAAGCUCAUCUCAGAACCCACACAGGUGAAAAACCAUACUGUUGUUCAUGGGAAGGAUGCGAAUGGCGUUUUGCACGGUCGGAUGAACUCACACGGCAUUACCGAAAACACACGGGGCAAAAACCAUUCCGGUGUAAAUUUUGUGAGCGUUCGUUUUCCCGUUCGGAUCACUUAGCGCUUCACAUGAAAAGACACGCAACUUCGGACUUGUAAUAUGAAGACGUUUAGGAAUAUUCAAAUUUGUUAUCAAAGGUGUUUGUUGGUACCGGGUAUAUUUCGUCGUUUUGGCCCUUUUUUUGUUUUUAAUAAAAUAUUUACUUUGUUGUCUGUGGUAUUUUCUCUCUGGUGUUGUUAGUGCUCCGGAUAGUAGGUUUUUAGCAUUUAACUAAGCCACAAUUAAUGAAUAUUUUGCUUGGCCAUACCUGACUAACACACAAACAUACCUGUCACCCGAAAGUUUUUAGCCUCUCCAAAGGUCUUUUUAAAUUUCCAUUAUAGAAUUAAGUGGUUAGGACAUAAAAAAAACCCAAACAACAACUAAAAAGAAAAUACAUCCUUGUAUGGCCAUACAAACUGUUUAUUUAUUGUGGUCUAAUGAACAUAUUGAUAUAGUGCACGAACAAAGCCAAACUGUGCCUAAAUUUAGAAAUCUCAGUGCAAAAUGGCAUUUUGUAAGGUUAUUUUGAAUGUAAGAUUUGUUAACAGUUGUAUAUGGUGGAGUGACUAUUAAAUAGGACUAUGUGUACGAAAUAUCUGUUUAUAAACAUAUUUUGAUUUCCAUUUUUCAAGAAAACAAUGAUUAUGAAAGUGUUAUGAAUUAAUUAAGUAUCUAUUUUACUAUUUAAGAGGACUUUGUGUACAAAAUAUCCGUUUAAAAAAUAUUUUUUACUUCCAUUUUUCAAGAAAACAGUUAUUAUAAAAAUGUUAUGAAUUGAUUAAGUAUAGUCUACUAAGUAAUAUUUUCUGUACUUUUUUUGUACACUCAAGAAAGUCCACCUUAGGUUGAAUGCAUUGAUGAUUUUGAUUUGGUAGGGAGAAAACCCCUAUGUUUUCUAAAUGAAAUUUCAUGAACCUAGUUCAGUGAUAAAAUGUUACUAGUCUUUCAAAGACAAUAUUUGUGGUAAUUUUAAAAUAUUUAAAUGAUGAAUAAAUGAAUUAUUGCAUGAAUCAAUUUUUAAAGAAUGGUUAUUAUAAACUUCAGGUGUUUUCCAGUCAUGUUGAAAUCUAUGAGAGGUCACAAGAAAAGGCAUUGAUUGAUGUUUAUUUUGUCUCAUAUUGAAUUAUCCUCAACUUCCUGUAAUCAUGUAAUGUAAGUAUUGGCUGUUAAAUAAGAACUUAACCAUCUUUUUUUGGUAAAUAUUAUGGACUGAACAUUUUGAAUCUGAAGAUAUAAUAGUUUUAUUUUGACGUUUAAAAUUCCUUUUGAAAAUCGAUGCUCAUAUUUUUAUUUAGACCAAAUCAGUCUGAAAUAUUAAAAAAAAUAUAUACUUAAGGAUUUUAUAAAAAAUAUCGUUUUUUGAUUUACCAGUUAUUUUUUUGUAAUUAACCAUUUUUGAUCUAAAAUGAAAAUAAAUCAAAAUUUGUUCUCUAUUAAAUGAAACAUCUUAUAAACAAGAUUCAUUUUAAAAAUAACGAUAUCAUUGCAACGUGUUUUGCUUAUCUAUUUCUAAUUGUACUACGAGUUAAACAAGAAAUAUGUACACGAUUACGGGAAUUUUGGUGCUUUUUUGUUCCGAUGCCUGAUGCUUACAUAAAGUAUUUAAUACUAAUCAAGUUUGCACAUGUUUUUGGUUAAAAGGUAUUCUGUAAUUAUAUGUAAAUGCUAUGAGAGACAGGGUGAUAUUUGAUAUUCUUGGUCGAUUCUUUAUGCUAUAAAUAGAAUGACAGAACCUGUUUCUUUUGUAAAAGUAACUUUUCGAUUUGAGAUAUCAUCUUUUUGCUACUCCUAAGAAAGAAAACAUAUCUAGGUUUAAAUAACUGUAAUGGGUGCUUUUUAUGUUCUAUUUUAAGCGGAAACCAUGUUUUCAAGCGCUUUCAGUCCUUUGAUUUUUUCUAAGUUUGCCACAUUAAAUAUUUGUGUUGCUAUGGUAACCGGUUUAGACUGUUUUGGAAGGGUCACUGAUCUGAUGAUUUUGUAAAAAUUGUGAUAUUUUUCUGUUUUAUUUUUCUAUAUUAGCUUUCUUUAUAGAUUUUUUUCCAUCUGUUUAUAUGGAAUCAAAUUUAUUUAUCUCACCAUAUUUGUAUCUAUACAUUCUAAGAACACAUUUACAUAAUCGCAUUGUAUCACUCUAUAUAAUAUAUUCACUCAUAGAAACAAUGUACAUAACUGUCUCUUGUGGAAUGCCAAUGUAAAAGUUGUGUGUCAAAAAAUUCAUCUAUAGCUCAAGUAAAAAUUGUCUUUAUAAGAAAAAUCUUUACUUUCGACUAUACAUUUAUAGUAUAAUUAUUGCCAAACAUUCUGUAACAAUAUGAAUUAUUAUGUUUAUUUUAUUGUUAAAAAUAGCAUACAACUUGAAAGUAUUAAUCACAAAAUAAUGGGCUAUUUUAUCAUGUGAAUGUUACGAUGUUAAAAAAUAAAAAAUGCACUUAUUAAAGGAAAAUGGCUUGUGCAUUACUUCUGUAGGCAAAUGAUUGGCACAAUGAAUUGAUUUAUUUACGCAAGAUUUUCUUCAUUUUUAUGUUACUCAAGAGUUUGAAAAAACUGUUCGGUUUUGUUAAGUUUUUACGGUAUGUCUAGUUUUAAAAAUGUUAAAAUCUUACUGAAAUAACCAAAAGUUACCUUGCUGAUAUCAGUGUUUUGAAAAUAGCAAAAACUGAAGAUCUGCAGAUUGUAGUAAUGAAAAAUCAAAAUUAACGCAUUUCAUGAAUUUUUUAACUUUGUAUUACCUUUUGUUGGAAUAUUAGAAAUUAAUUGUAACUUUUACUAGCUUUUUCGAAGUCAUAUUCAUAUGAUUGAUUUUUUAGUGAAAAAAAUGCCAAUUUUUUGCCCCCAUUAUGAGCAUCAUAGCCCUGCUUUCUGCACGCUGUAACUAUUAUAACAAUAAUUGUUAGCCAGAAAAGGGAUAUACCUGUUAAUAUUAUACUUCAAAAUUAUGUUAGUAUGCGAAAGUGUUAUAAAUUCACCAAUGCAAUAUGUAUUUGAUAUAUACAUGUUCGUCUUUGUCAACAACAUAAUCUAACAGAAGUUUGUAUUUAUGAAUGGUUGCAUAAAAAAUCACCGGCUUCAAAGUCAACAUCAACAAUUAUAUUGCUUACCUUUCCUUUUUUCUAUCUAUCUUCUUUUGCCUUUUCAUUAUAUUUAUUUUUAUAUUGACUUAACAUUAAGAACAUUGUUGCCUAGCUUAUUUUUAAUGAAUUCUUAACAUACAUAAUUAUAUAUAAUCGGCAUAAUAGGUUUACUUAAGAGUUUAUCAGUGUUUCAAUUAUGGUGUGUGUUUUUCGUUGGUCUUUUGUUCUACUUGUUUUCUUUACUCUUACAUUCCUAUAUUUAUGAAGCUUGUCUGUCUUUUUAAUGUCGGCAAUUUUUAGUUCAUCUGUUUCUGAAGAAAAAACAUUGAGAUAUUGUCAUAUAGCCAUGGCAUUCUUGUUUGUCAUUGUCAGCGUCAUUGUCGGUGUGCAAAAUGUUAAUGUUAAUUACCUGGCCCCAAAAGUUUCGAGAAAUUGGGGCCAGGUGUGUAUCUUGUUUUUACAAGAAUAUCAAUAUCCUCUUGUAUUUCACUUUUAAUGAAUAUGUCUAAAGAAGACAGUUGGCAGCAAUUUAACGUUAUCAUUUAUAUUGAUGGAAUUUUUAUUAUUUCAAUUUUAUUAGAGAAAAAAUGUGUAGGCCGCCAUCCAACCUAGGCCUAUUUGAAGUUUAACUUCUUGAUAAAUGGAAAUAUUAUAAUGGAGAUAUUGAAUGAAACUUGCUACACAAUAAUGUUGACAGAGAAAAUAUGCACAAUGAAUAGCAAGGCCCAUAACUCUGGCAUUAAUACUUGUUGAUUUAUGCCCCUUGUUUGACUGAAAAAAAAAGAAAGAACAGAUGAGCGUUAAGAGUUUGCUCCUAGGCACUUAUGCUUUUUCUGAGAUUUAUCCAACCAUACAAAACCUGAUUUAAGGGAGGUAAUCAUGCAUUUCCAAAUGCUAUUAUAAAUGGAGUAGUUUCCCUUAUAUAUUAAUGUCCAAAUAUGCAUGUUUGAUAACACAUACUGCUUACAUUUCUUGUGCCUUUAUUUCACUUUAAGUGACUGAAAACAAGAUGUUUUAUUUCACUCUGUGUGACUGAAACAGGAUGUUUUAUUUCACUCUAUAUGAUUGCAAACUCGAUGUUUUAUUUCACUCUACCUGACUGAAAACAAGAUGUUUUGUUUCACUCAAUAUAACUGAAAAAACAUUGUUUUAUUUCAUCCCACUAGACUGAAAACAAGAUGUCUUAUUUCACUCUAUGUGAUUGAAAACGCAGUGUUUUAUUUCACUCUACAUGACUAAAAUCAAGAUACUUUAUGUCAUGAUGUUUCAUUUCACUCUAGGUGACUGAAUACACCAUGUUUUAUUUCACUCUUUUCUCUUGAAAACAUGAUUGCUUAUUGUAUUUCUGAAACAAAACCAGUUGAAAUUUCUUGUCUUAGGGUAAGUAGCUGCUAUUGGGUUUUAGCCUAGAGUCAAACCGAUUGAGUUGUGGCUAUAUUUCAUGUUGAGUUAUUUGAAUGGUUGAUAUUUUGUAUAAAGAACAAAUGUUUUGUAUGUGUUAUCUUUUGGUUGAGAAAUCUUUCCCUAACGAAACAUUGCUAUGGUCAUGUUUCUAUUUUUCCAGACAACCCUGUUUCGAUUAAAAUUGCUACAUAUAAUGUCAAUAAAAUUGUAUAUGCAUUUAUUUGCACCAUGCAUUUUAAUGGGUUGUCUUAAAAGGCCAUAGCUUUGAAUAUGUAUUUGGGAUUAAGUAAUUGUUACAUCACCUGCAAGUCGAGUUAUUGAAAUUAUACACGAGUGCUUCCGCAGAAAUGUAUGAUCAAUCACCAGGCUAAUGGGUGAUGUAACUGUUCUAUACCAUGUUGUCAAGGAAACUGUUCAAUAACAAGAGUGUAGUAUACAUGAACAACAUUGUAACUUAUCUGCACAAUAGUUAUUGAACUAUUAAGCUCCUCCUCCUACUGAUAUUGGAGUUAAUGUGUAGAAGCAAACAAACAAACACUAACAAACAUGGUACAGAAAUAAUUCUACAGACCAAUGAUGUAAGCGGCCAGUAAAAGUCUUUCAAAAAAUAAGUCUGAGAACAUAUUUAUGCCUUGGGAAAAAAAGAUUAAUGUAAGUUUUUUUUGCUUAUUUUGUUUACAUUUAAAAACAGUUUUCUAUAACUUGCCGUAUUCACUAAGAACAAGAGCAAUUUAACAGGGUCAUUGUUUCACAUGUCAUGUAUUUUCUGAUAAUUUGAAAUUUCGACUUGGUUAAACAUAUAAUGGAUAAAUCAGUAUUUAUUUACAGUCCCUUGAAAUUAUAUUUAUUUGUUGUUGAAUGAUUAAAUCGGACAGACCAUCUUAUAUAAAUGCACAAACUUUGCACUAAAAAUGUUUAAAUUUACCAAUAUUUUUUACAAAGUAAACAAGGCCUGUUUUGUGUUGCCUUGGAAGCAUGGUUGACACACAGGGAUUACCACCGCAAGGCAAGGCUGACACACAAGGUUCAUUUUGUCUUUCGUUGUGUCGUUGGUGUCGCACUCCUUUUAAAUCAAUAACUUUGGAACGAUUUGGUGUAUAGUCAUCAAACUUGGUAUUCACAUUGGUCAAGGGUCAGUCGCUGACCCCUGUUUCUGGGUUAAGUGAUCAAGGCCAUGGUGACCUUUACUGAAAAAGUAUGGCUGCUGUCGAUGGGCCAAACAUCUGAUUUACUGAUCGACAGUUUUGUAAUGUUUUGCAUUGUACAACAUAUUGCUUUUCAAUCAUAUUUCUUGUAUUUUCACGAGAAAAAUAUACCACUGUGAUCCUUUAUUUACAUCUUUUCUUAUGAUAAAUACAUGUAUGUAUGACACUUUGAUAAGGUCUGUAUUGAUCACUGUUUAAAUAACUGAAUUUAAAGCUGCACUCUCACAGAUUUACAGUUUUUGCAUUGUUUUUGUUUGUUGUCUCAGAAUCAGCCGUUUUUGGUAUCAUUGCCUUAAAAUUCAGUCAUAUAAGAUAACUCUCAAUAGAACAGAGCUCCAUUGUUUAGAAAAUGCCAAAAAAUUCAUUUUUCUCAAAGUGUUUUAGCUAUAAAUUUUUAAAUGUCACUAUGAAAAACUAUGAUCUAAUCUUUUGUCAGCAGUCUUGUAUCACUGGUGUCCAGACAUUUACAUAAUAAAUGGCUCAUACAAGACAAAAAAGUUGUCAACCGGUCAAUCUGUGAGAGAGCAGCUUUAAGUGCAACUCAUAAACUAUAAAGGAACUUCAUAACACCCACAGUAAAUCAUUUAACUUUUUCUCUAACUAACUCAGAUGUUGUAAACCAAUCAUCUGAGUUCACUAUAAUUUGCUAGAUUUUGAAAACAUUGACUGUUUUGUUUGUUAAAUAAUUGUAUACUUUGAAUUGUUUUUUGUUAUACUAGUGUCAAGUUAUGUAGAUUAUCUGUGUGUUAUACUUUGUUAUUUGUUUAAUAUUGUGUAUGAAUUUUUAAAUUUAUAUGUAAAAGAACUAUAUUCUACACAGAGCUAUAUGAAAUAUAAAUAUAUAAAAACUUGAAA